CAUCUGGUGCAGAAGGAGAAUAGAUCUGUUUUCUGGGAUCAGAAAAUCACUUCCUGACACGGCUCACAGCAAGCACAGGCAAGGUUCCCCAUUGACACAGUGAGUGAUGUCACGCCAGGAGUUAUUUCUGCCAGUAUCUCAAAGGGCCCAGCUGGUCUAAUCAAAGUGAGCCCCUGGAGCUGAAGGUGGCAGGAGGACGUUGAUGUAACAACCCUGGGAAAACCGCAGACCCACACUCCCUAACCACUGUGUCAGCUGUGGGCUCUGCCCUUCACCCUCCAGCUCCAGGAUGGUGCACCUGUAGGGCUGACCAUGGGCCUCCAUCCCACCUCCCUCCUGGUCCUCGUGCUCUGCCUGGCCCAGUCCAUCCACAUGCAGGAGGGGGUCCUGCUCAAACCCUCCAUCAGGGCUGAGCCGGGACCUGUGAUCCUCCGGGGACAGCCUGUGACCAUCGUGUGCCAGGGCCCAGCUGGGGCUGACCGAUUCCGUGUGGAGGACAAGGAGAAUAAAUCUGUUCAUUGGGAUCAGACUGUGAUGCCUCCACAUGGCUCUCACGAGACAGAGACCACAUUCCACAUCGAUGCCAUGAGUGAUGGCAAUGCCAGGGGUUAUCGCUGCCUCUAUGAAAAAGAGUCCACCUGGUCUGAGCCCAGUGAGACCCUGGAGCUGAAGGUGACGGACGAGAGCAUCACCACUCCACCCUCAGGAGCUCCAAGAGCUGUUACCUCCACCCAAACCACACACACAAAACCCCUCUCCACAGCUGAAAGCUCCACCAGCCGAGCAGCAUUGGAGGGAACAGGACACAUGCAGACAAAUUCCCCGGACACUAAGACCAGCACUCCCCCAGGCCUAUCACCAGAGCAUCGUUAUAUUCUUGUCGGGAUCCGUGUGGCCUCUCUGCUUUGUCUCCUCCUCCUGGCCUUCCUCUUAGUCCACCGUCAGCGUCAGAAAAAACGUGGGCCCCCCAGCAGCAAGGAUGAGGAACCAAGGCCGCAGGAGAGGCUCAGCCUGACAGAUGUCAUCACAGAGAACCCAGCAGAUGUGGCCACCACAGUGGAUGCAGUUCCUGAGGAAAAUGGAGACAUGCACAGCCCAAGCCUUGCUGUAGGAGAUCCCCAGGAGGUGACAUAUGCCCAGCUGGACCAGCAGGCGCUCACAUGGAGAGCAGCUCGCACCGAGUCCCCACAACCCAUGGAGCCCACAGCUGAGUCCAGAAUGUAUGCAGCCCUCCCCAGAUACUAACUUCAGGACCACCUGGCCUCUGCCCUUGGAGACACAGGAUGCCACUGUUGCAAAGGCCGGUAGCAGCCACUUGGAGGACUUCCCUAUUAAACUAUCUCCUUCCUGAAAGUCAUCAACACAUUUUUGCUGGAGGCAAGACCUGGACUUCAGGGACCCCUAGUGAACAUGCAGGAGGGUCACUAACGAGGUGGCCCCUCCUACAACCAACCAGCUUGGUGAAGCACAGUUGUAACUUCUGUUUCCAGAGAUCCAGCUACUGGCACCUGGCUGUUUUCUGAGACCCAUCUAAUGUUGUCCAGCAGUUUUCAGAGACCCAUCUAAUAUUCAGCAGUUCCAGAGGUCGAGCUAAUGAUGCCCAGGUGGUUUACUCCACCCACCUUAUGGGGUCAACUAGCUGCCCUAUCACGUUAAAUGGAAUCUUUACCCUGAGAACUGCUAGGGGGUGCCAGUGUCUCCUUUGGAUUAAUUUAGUUUUUUUGUUUUUUUGUUUGUUUAGUAGAAAAAAGA